AUUUCAAAACAGAUUCAUGUGUUGAGAUAACAUUGGGAUAAGGAAAAACAUAAUGGGUGCAUUUUUCUUUAAUGAAAACAACCAAGGGUCUGGCAGUAUUUGCUGUUCUUGACGUAAGGGUGGUCAGUAAAUGGUGCUACACUGUACUUGUCUGACGUUCAUCAGCUUUUCUACUUGAAGAUUGAUAUUGAGAGCAGAGGAAUUUGCUCCCAAAAACUUGGAAAUAGAAAUUAAUACAAGAACAGAACAAUAGCAUAGAAUUCUUUUUUUAUGAGGCACACUCCACAGAGGCAGCAAGAACGGAAGCAAGCAAUGAGUACACAUGUAACAGAGUUGUUUUUCUGAGGGACUGCUGCAAUAGAUUGUCUGGGAUUGGUGUUGAUGUUUAUUGUUUAGGAGGAUUCAAAUGGAUAGAAAACAUUAGAAAGUGGACAGAGUUGUUUUUAUGAAGGACUAGUGCAGCAGCAGUGAUAGAUUGUUGGGAAAUUUGAAAGUACAGCAGGAGACAACUGGGUAAAAAGAUCAAAUACAUUUGGAAAUUAUCUCUUUUUGUUGAAGGGCUUCUAUGACAGCAGUGUCUGGGAAGCGCAUUUCUAAGUACAAGAGGUCACAAGUUCUACAACAAAGGAAAGGAAGUAGGGAAAAUUAUUUUCACGAAGAACUUUGGUGAGAAUAUGUAUAUAAAUACAAACACAGCAGGUAAAUAAAUAAGUCAUUUUUUGUGUUUGAUUACCACAGCUGCAUUGUUCAGGAAAAUUUUCAGUAAAACUAGCUUUAAGAAAAGAGUUCUACAGGAGACAUUUAUGUACUGAAUUAACCCUUUCUUGCAUCUGACUGUGUUUAUUUCAUCUUGUCUGGCCUUCCUGUCAUGUCAGGGCUCUGGGAAAUGAAAGAGAGCAGACAACAAAGGAGGUGUGCCACAUAAUUACUGUGAAACCAUGCUGUUUGAUGGAAAACUAAUCUAAUCCACUUCUGCAUGACUCUUGUCCAGUGGCGGAGAACAACUUGACUGUCAGAAAGGUAUAAUUACACCUUACAGGUGUAUAGAGGGCAAUCAUCUACUCACCUGUCACAAAUAAAAUACUGGGGAGAGAAGGGGGGACAUCCAUUAUAAUUGUUACUGUCACGGUGGUUGGAGAGAACAGCAGUUCUGUUGAGAAGUACACCUGGUUUAGAGGAGAAGAGACAGCUGAGUUGUUUGAAGCUAUGCUAAGUCAUCUGACCCGGGGACAGAUAGGAGACAUUUAGGGAUCUCCCAGGCCUGUGCUCUGUCAUCCUGCUUACAGACUAUAUACAUCUUCCAGGUGAAAGCACAAUGCUGAGUGAUCUAUCUGAGAUAAAAACAGUGAACAGUACUCGGAGUGGUGGAAUCAAAGGGCUCAUUUUGCAGACAACUGAAUUACUUUGUCUAUUGAUCCCUCUCACUGUGAGCUGAUUGAGUAAUGUAAUAUCCAUUUUCUCUAUGUGACUUUAAUAUCAGGCACAGUAACCAGAUGCAAAGAGGCAAAGUUGUAUUAUUGCCGCUCCAUGAACCAUGACGUAGCACGUAUUUUUAUGAAGGAACAUUAAUAGUUUACGCAGCAGAAAAGGGUGGCCGACCACUUGUGCAGACUAUAUCAUUUUAAAUGUCACUUAAAUUUUGGCUAUCAACUCAGUAAAAGGAAUUUGUGCCAUGUAAAGUUCAAAGCACCCGGCCAAUCUCGACAAGGUAGUGCAAGGACUUUUCAUGCGCUGCAUAUUUAAUAACAUUACGGCAUAUCAGGUAAUAACUACAAGUCUGCACAUGACUGGAAUCAGGAUUACUGCUUCUUAGAUGCUAGGAACAAAUGCAUUUUCCAUAGGCUUAUGGGAUUAACUGUUUGUGGACUUUGAUACUCCGUUGUUUUGGUUUAGCAAAUAUUUCAAAUGUCAACCAGAUCUGGUGGAGUAAGCAUUGCUUGAUAUCAGAAUCAUCAAAGCAGAACACUGAACAGGAGAGGCAUAUCGUAUGUAAGACGGUCAUUCUCCAUAGAGACACAGGGCAGUUUAUUGUGUUACUCACCACUCAGGGUGGUUGUAAAGAGACAUCCUGCGGUGAUUUGGGGACAAUCGUUAUUAUGUCAGUAUUACUACAAGGAGGAUGUUGAUGAAAUGAUUGGUUGCGCUUAAUAGAUAUGCUAACAGUGAAACAGCACAGAACAGAGAUUGUUUAUACGGAAAAUAUCAAAAGCAAGGUGGAGAGCAUCAAGAGGACAGCACUUCACUGGACCAAAAAACUCUUCCCUGACCCUGUCAUCCCCCUGAACACAGUGGCAGAAGGCUCCCAGGAUGACGAACCCAGUGGUAAUGGCUUAGCUACAGGGAAAGUUCCACCUGUAGUCCCCCGCUCAGCAUGGAAGUUAGAUGAAGAUGGGGAUUCUUCCGACUCUGUAGCGACCAGCACUGAAGACACGGGGAAUUUCUCACGGGCACCCUCACAACUUUUCUACACAACACCACCUAAGACACAAAUGGCAGCUAUGGUAGGAGAUCAUAGUUGUGGAGAUCGGCAAAGCAGCACAAGUCGACUUGGUAGAAAGCUGAGUGAGAGGGAGAAGAGAAAAGAUUCCAAAAAGGGGAAAAUGCACCAAAGAUCCCAUAGUGUGGAUUAUUCAGACGGACAGCUGCCUGAGCCCCAGCCUGUGUUUGUGGACCGUGUUCUCCAUGCAUCUCCAAGUGCUCCUGGGAAACUAAGCAAGAUGGCUGUUAGUGGCUCCAUCUCUCCAUCUGGUAGAUUGGUACGCUCUCUCUCAGGUACAUCUAAACGGAAAGGGAGUGUUGAUUCCACAGAAAAUGAAGUUGCCAACAAGCCAGAGAGGAAGAAAAGUGAUAAGAAGAAUAACAAUGUUCGAUAUGAUAUCAAUGAUCUCUUUGAUGCUGUGGAGCACCAAGACAUGGACCUUGCUAAAUUGAUAUUAGAGGCAGAAGAUUUAGACGUUAAUAGUAUGAAUGAAGAAGAAUUGACACCACUAGAUGUCGCUGUGAUGACCAAUCAUGUGCCAAUGGCCAAGAUGCUACUAACUCUUGGUGCCAAAGAAAACCCAAAAUUUUUACAAGAAAACCGUUCCCUCCAGCUGAACACGUUGAUGAAUGACACUUACAAGAAGGUGGUGGAUCUGACCAGUAUGGUGGUGAACAGUGGGGGGAACAUUGGGUCUGGGAAGGAUUAUGAUCGGGAAUUAAGCCACUGGGAGUUCCGCCAUAGGCUCUUGAAAAGAAUGAAAGCUGGCUAUGAGCAUGCAAGGGUGCCCGAUGCUCCAGCCAGUGCCAGACUCAGUGUGGCCAGUGCAGAAUCCUUGACCGUUAGGUUCGAUGAGCCUGACCAGCACAAUGGCGCUGUGGUCACCAGAUAUAAAGUUGAGUGGAGCUGUUUUGAGACAUUCAGCCCCUUGGCGGGAGAAGCAAUUUUAGAAGAUGUCCGCCAUCUUGAGUAUGACAUCCCGGGCCUGACGCAAGGCAAUGUGUAUUAUGUCCAGGUUACAGCAUGGAAUAUCAAGGGAUGGGGCCCUCCUACACCCACCAGCCCUCCAUAUGCUAUACCUUCUAGCUGGCGCGAGGUGAGCGGAGUGAAACCCAGAAAUGAGGGCAAACUUCAACUGCUGGAUGAUCUGUUCUCUCAAGUCCGUGCAUCCCGACCAGCUGAUGCCUCGGAAAUAAAAGACAAUCAGCCAACAGGCUCACCAAGUUAUCAAAGAAAAAAUACAGUGAGAAAAAGCAUUAAAAACUUGUUUACCUCAGCACCUAAAUUCCAGAAAAAUUUAAAAAGGGGAGUUUAUCUAGCAAGUUUAGUUUAUAAUGAAGACAAAAUUUUAGUCACAAAUGAAGAUCAUUUACCAAUUGUGGAGGUGGACGAGAACUUCUCCAGUGCCAGCCUUCACUCUGACUUUCACUGGAUGAUGAAGAUUGCAUGCACAUGGGAAGAUGUGAAGUCUCUUCGUCAAGACAUAGAAAAAAUCUCCAGUUCGUCUUUGGUCCAUUUCCGUAGCAAGUUGUUGCAGGCUGCGGCACAGUUGCAGACUGCUUUAGGAAUCCAGGACCUGGGCCAGUUUUUCUAUAAGCCUAUCAAGGACAGCAAUGGCAGUAUAGUCCUGAUGACUGUGAAUAAUAUUCGAGAACCAAAACAAGUGAACAGUGCCGCCAUGAAGUGGAUGCCGUUCAGUAAGGUGCACAAGAGGAUGUCGGUCAGUGAUGCAGGCCUGGUGUGUCCAGAACUUCUGAUGACCAUGGUCAAUGAAAUGAUCCUGUAUCACCAGCUGAGCACCAUGGUUCUUCCCAAGGGUCUCUAUCUGGGCUACCUCAAGUUAAAAAGCACAGUUGAUCUCAUCAGAAUGCUGGUGGCAGAGAAGUCUCCCAAUGUCCUGCCUUACACCAAGAUCAGGAACUGUCCAAAUGUGUCCAAAGAAGAAUGGGAGUGGCUUCAGAGCUUGGGAGUAAAUGAGGCCAAGUCUGACCCCACCCAAGCCCAGCAAGACUUCUGUGGACAGCUGGUAGAAUCAACGAAAAGACUUUUAGAAACACUAGGUGUCAGUGAUGAUGAAGCGGUGACACACAGACUGUUUGAGAUGGAGGUGAUUGAGUUUAGUCCUGACGUGUGUUUCAUCCUGCUGUUACCCCCAGUGGAGGCAGUGUGCAGUGUACCAGGGCACAACGAUGAAAUGACAGAUAAGACCGAUUUCCUGGCUCUACCAGUGCAAGUGUUUGAAAUGAUACACAUGUGUAGCUACCAGUAUGAGUUUAUAAGCCGAUACUCCAGGCUGUCUUCCAUACUAGAAAUGGACACAUGCUUGGCACAACAAGCUCAGAGAGAGGCGUUUUCCUCUGAAGAGCUAGCUGUUGCCAAAGAAAGAAUUGAGCAGUUGACAAAAUUCCAGCAAAUCCUUGAUGAAGCAUGGAAAAGUAUGAGAUGGACCAUGGAAGUGAUAACGUAUGCCAGGGACAGAGGGGUGCGAGGAGGGGUACCUCUAGGGGUGUUAUACGCACCCCCACCCUCCCCAAAUGACUCCCCAUUGCCAAACAGAAAAGAUGUCGAAUCUACUAGUAGUGAUGCUGGUUACCAUAGUGAUAAGGGGUCCAGUACAGACCUGCACAGCAGUGAGACAGCAACAGUGCCCUCUACUGGCCAGCAGCAGGGAGAUGUAGACAUGGGGUGUGAUGACUUACAGCUACUUAUUAACACACAGAACAAUAACAAACCAGGAAUAUUACGUGUCUACACAGCCUAUGACACAGGACUUGCAGAUGGCACAAGUGUCAAGUUGCAUGUAACACCUAAAACUUCAUCUAGGGAAGUUAUUAAUUUGGUGGUUCAACAACUGAAUAAGGCAGUAAAAACUAAGGGCCUGCAAGGGCCAUAUUAUGCAGAAGACCAGUUGGAAGAGUUUUGCCUUGUUGCAGUGAUUGGUGCUCGAGAGCGCAUUCUUAGGGACGAUUAUCAACCAUUACAGCUCCAAAAUCCUUGGACAAAAGGCAGGCUGUUUGUAAGGUUAAAGAGCAAUCUCUUGGCUGCCUUAGAACAAGGCACUGCAACUGCAGUUUAAACCUUUAAUUUAUUAGUAGGAUAUAAAAAAGGAUAUAAUGCGCAAAAGUAACAUGUCAGGACCUCAAACCAUUCUCAUUCAAGGUGCACAGUAAUUGGUUUUUCAAUGAUUUGGAUGUGUCUAAGUGUCAAUAAAAUUAUUUCCUUGCACUCAGUUCUGUAAUUUUUACUCCUAAAUUAGUUUGAAAUGAAAAUGGUAUUGUUUAGAAGCAUAUUGUGAUGACAAUCUUUUUUCUGUUUUUGUUGAAUUGUGUUAUCUUUAUAGUAAGGUACUGAGCUUAAUCACCCUAGGUUUAGAUAUUGUUUAUAAAACUGCUUACUAUGGUUAUGUUUUUAAAAGAACUAUUAAUGCACAUUUGGGGAACUUGACUAUAUUUAAGGUAUCAUUUUUCCUAUAGAAAGGUGCAUUUGUUAGAAAAAUUACGACAGCUUAUUUUGGCUUUUCAUACUGCAGGCAGUAGGUUUUGCCAUGCCAAAUUUCAUAGCAUGUAUUUAUUAUUUUUAAAUAAAAUCAUACUAGACAAAUACUUCUUUUGAAAAAGUUAAAUAAAUGUAUGGUCAGACUAAGAGAUUCGGUUGCCUUGGAGCAAACUACAUAUAAAGGUUGUGUCAUUAUACAAAUAAUGUUUUUGAAAAACAAGAAUCUCUGGAAUCUGUUCAGUAUAAGUAAUCCUAUGACAGUAUAUGUUGAGUAUAUGUUGUCAGCAUUGCAGGCACCACUUGUACCAUCCAUAAUAGAUGUAAAUAGCUAUUUUAAACUAUUUGGAAGAGCCAGAUCUGAAUGUGUAAAUAGUUGUUGUGAUGUAGAAAUAGUUGUACGAAUGGAAUAAAAUUUAAAAGACA